AUGCCCAUGUAUUGCAACAAUCAAGUUAUCACUUUUAUUGCUGGCAAUCUCACCUUUCAUGAGCGUACGAAGUAUAUUGAGAUCAACUAUCACUACAUUCGAGAUAAAGUUAUGUUUGGACUUAUCUCAACUUCUCAUGUGGUAUUAUUUCAUCAGCUUGUAGACAUCUUCACAAAGAGUUUAACCGACAUCUCUUAUGACACCACAUGUACCAAGUUAGACAUGUUUGACUUAUAUGCUCCAACUUGA